AUGCAAAUGCCUCUGCCUUGGGAGGAUGAGAUAGAGGACAUCCAGAAGGAAAUUGCGGUCCUUUCAGAAUGCCGAUCUCCAUAUAUCACCGAGUAUUAUUGUUCUUAUUUGCACCAAACAAAGCUGUGGAUAGUCAUGGAAUACAUGGCUGGUGGUUCUGUUGCUGAUCUGAUUCAACCAAACCUUCCGCUUGACGAAGUUUCAAUAGCUUGGAUUUUACGUGACUUGCUCCAUGCAAUUGAGUAUCUUCACAGUGAGGGGAAAAUUCAUCGAGAUAUUAAAGGUAGCAGAUUUCGGAGUUUCUGCUCAAUUGACAAGGACUAUUUCAAGGAGAAAGGAACGCCAUUUUGGAUGGCUCCAGAGGUUAUUCAAAACUCUGAAGGUUAUAAUGAGAAGGCAGAUAUAUGGUCUCUGGGGAUAACUGCAAUUGAGAUGGCAAAGGGUGAACCUCCACUUGCUGACCUCCACCCUAUGAGAGUGCUUUUCAUCAUUCCUCGAGAAAAUCCACCACAGCUAGAUGAGCAUUUCUCUCGUCCCCUGAAAGAAUUUGUGUCUCUCUGUUUGAAGAAGAAUCCUGCAGAGAGGUCCAGUGCAAAGGAACUCCUUAAGCAUCGUUUUAUUAGAACUGCUAGAAAGAGUCCAAGGCUUCUGGAGAGAAUCAGAGAGCGGCCCAAGUUUCAAAUUGAUGGUGAUAAUGAAAAUGGCGCAACACCCUUGGGAGAAGCUUCUGGAACUGUAAAAGUGAAUAGAGAGUCUGGACAUGGUGAUACAGUUCAAGUCAGUAGUCAGGCAACGGGUCUGAGAAAUGCCGGAUGGGACUUCAGUAUUGGUGUAUCAGGUAGCACGGGAACUGUUCGAAGUGUUGUAAGACCACCUCAGGUGAGAGAAAGAAAGCCGGAAGUGCCAUUAAAUCAAUCUACUCCUAAAAAACCCUUAGAUGCUAGUAACCAGCAGUCUUCUGCUUCUGGAAUCAAUCUUCAUACUGCCUCAGAGAUCUCCACAAGGACACAGACCAAUGAUCCAGCAAAUCAAGGAAAUUAUCUUGAAGAUGAAGAUGCAAGUGGGACAGGAACUGUCAUUGUUCGAUCUCCAAGAGGAGUUCCACGAUCCUCUCAGUUCAGCAGCCAAAGUUCAACUUCUAGCAGCAAAUAUACCUCUGCUGAAGAUUCUUCAAUCAGUGGUACUGUUGUUUAUCGUGGACAGCAUGAAGAUUCAGAGUCUCCGAGAACUCCAAAGUCUAGGCUUGGACUUCAAGAGAGAACUUUUAGUGCAGCUCUUGAAGACAGUGAAACUAAUCUUGCCGAGGCUAAGGCUGCUAUUCACGGAGGCAGAAAAGGAAGGGAUAGGUCUGCAUUGAGCAAGGGGAACAGAGAUUUGCAAGAGAGCAGAAGGAUAGAGCCGGACCACACAACGACAAGUUUUGACCCAUCAAGCCAAUCCAGAUAUUCUCAUGAUUAUCUUGAUGCUCAGAAGGCAUUUUUAAGAUCUCCGCACUCAACUGAGGAUGUGGACAAUGCAAGAAGUUCCUUAGCAGCUUUGUCUGCUCCUUUAUCAGUGCUCCUGAUCCCUUCACUUAAAGAUGCAAUUGUCGAUGAUCCAGGAGGUUCAAUCUUUCAGAAAGUCGCUAACGCUUUAAUGGAUAUGGAGAAUGUUAGGCCUGGGUCUUCUGAACUAUUUAUCACCAAGUUGCUUCAACAAUUGGCAAGUUCGAAGGAAGGUUCUAUGCAAGACCUCCGGGAUCUUGCAGCUCAGAUCUUUGCGAAGGGCAAGAUAGAAAUGCAGGCAACAAAUGCAGAAGCUGACAACAAAAAGAAGCAAGUGAACAAGGAGCUCAAUUCAAAUGCCAAUAUGAGCCCACUUGCAAGGUUCUUGCUCUCCAGAUGGCAAGGCUUUGCUUCCCGCGAUUUGAAUUCUUGA